GACCCCGCCUCUGUACGGAGGUCAGGACUACUUCCGUGACCGUCGGAGUGGCGAGCGGGUGGCCGUAGCCCCGGGAAGCACACUGACCACAGACUACGCGGCAAACAUUAAAUAGUACAAUUCCGUCCGUCUGAAGGUGAUGUUCUAGUCAUGUCAGAUAAGGAUGCUACGGAGACCCCAGCGGUAACUGAAGCAGGCCCGAUCCUUCAAGAUGGGAACUGUGAGCCAGCUGAGAAGCCAGAGAAUAAAUCUCAGCCUGUAGUAUCCACUCGGAAAAGACCAGAGCCCAUUCUUUCCAGGGACCUUGAGGCUUCUCAGCUUCCUGCUCAGGAGGCUGUUUCUAAAGAUGCACCUCAGACUGGAUGGGGUUACUGGGGCAGCUGGGGCAAGUCCCUGCUCUCCUCAGCCUCAGCUACAGUAGUGACAGUAGGACAAGGUAUUUCAAAUGUCAUCGAGAAGGCGGAGACUUCUCUUGGAAUUCCUAGCCCCACUGAAAUUUCAGCUGAAGUCAAGCAAGCAGCAGGAGAAACAAGUGGCAGUGAGAAUGAAAGCUCUCCAGUGGCUGGUCCUUUCGGGGUGCUCUCGACCAUCUCAACGGCUGUGCAGAGCACGGGCAAGAGCGUUAUCAGUGGGGGUUUGGAUGCCUUGGAAUUCAUUGGGAAGAAGACAAUGGAUGUCAUAGCAGAAGGGGAUCCUGGAUUUAAAAGAACCAAGGGCCUGAUGAACCGGAAUUCUACACUAUCACAGGUUUUACGAGAGGUGAAGGACAAAGAAGAGCAGCGGCCCUCCAGUGAGGCAACCAUGGAAACAGACAAGAAAACUCAUUAUGGGCUACUCUUUGAUGAGUUUCAAGGCCUUUCUCAUCUAGAAGCUCUGGAGAUGCUUUCACGAGAAAGUGAAAUAAAGGUGAAAUCUAUCCUUAGUUCUCUGAGUGGAGAAGAAUUACAGACCACAAGACUUGAGCUAGAGCAGCUCAAAGAAGCGUUCUCCCUAGCAGAUUUCUGUGAGGAAGAGGAGGAAGAGAGACAAGGUGAUGAAGAUUUUACCAAGGAGAUAACAGAGCUGUUCGCUCAGCUUCAUGUCUCUUCUAGACCAGAGAAACUCACCAGGGCAAGAAAUACAGCCUACGAAUGGAUUAGGACAUCUCUGGCUAAACCAGCAACAGAGAACGAAGGAGGAGAAAAACAGUUGGAGACAGAAAAUGUUGAAGAAGCCAAAAAGAAUUCAAUAGAGGAUAUCCAUGCAUUUGCAAUCCGGAGCUUAGCAGAACUGACUGCCUGCUCAAUUGAACUGUUCCACAAAACAGCGGCAUUGGUCCUGCAUGGCCAGAAGCAGGAGGUGACAGCCUUAGAGAGGAGCCAGACACUCUCUCAGGUGACAGUCGUGCUCUGUAAAGACCUGGGCUCCCUGUCUAAAGAGUUUACCACCUGCCUCACCACUGCCGGGGUCAGAGAAAAGGCAGAUGUUCUGAAUCCAGUAAUCACUGCAGUGUUUCUAGAGGCCUCAAACAGUGCCUCCUACAUUCAAGAUGCCUUCCAGCUUCUCCUGCCUGUGCUGCAAAUCUCGCUCAUCGAGAGCAAGACAGAGUCACCCAGGGCUCUGUGACAAUGACCGACUCUUCACUCCUAUCUGUAAAACCAGUCACAAAUGACACUGCGCAUCAGUCAUCGGUAGAUGAAUCUCUGUAAAGCAUCUACAGAGGGCCCCAGACACUGUCCCGAGUAUGUAUCGUGUGCUGCUUACACCAUUUAAUCCUCACCACCACCCUGCUAUUAACAUGCCCAUUUCUAGAUGAAGCAACUGAGGUAUGGGAGAGGUCAGUCAUUUAUCUGAGGUCAUCAGCGUGUCAGUGAUGGGACUCAAACCCAGACACCAGAGUUCCCAUUUGCCAUGCCAUGACACGGUCACCGUGAGCCAUCCGCAAGGAAACGGUAAUUCUCAGUUAUGAUGAUGACCAUGAAGCAGACUAAGAGGACUGGCUGGCUUUUAGAUGUCUCGGCUCCAAGCACAGCACCUCUGCAGCAAGUCUGUUGUGUGGUUUUAACCUCAGGAUUAUUCUGUUGUUUCCUGAAGGGAACCGCACGGAGAUGCCUAUCUUAUGAGAAAACCUGUUUGGAAGCAUCUGGUCAGGGUUUUCCAGAGCCACUAGGACUUGGCAUAGAAAGGAGGUUGUGGUCACAGAACAUGUUUGCCACAGCAGGAAUAAAGACCUCAGUGAGGUAGGAGCAUCUGUGUUAAUUAGUGGUCAGAAAGGGAACGCAGUAUGUCUAGCAACUACACUGGCAACACCCCCAAAACUGGAAAGUCCCAGACUCUGCUACAGCCGUACUACGUGGAUUGCUCAGCAAUGAAAGAAAUGAACCCAUAAUAGAUUUUUGCAAGAGCUUGGGUCAGUCCCAGAGGAAUUAAUUAUGUGGACUGGAAAAAAAAAUUUUAAAGGCUAUAUGCCACAUAAUUCUAUUUAUGUAGCAUUAAAACAACAGACAGUUCAGUUGUAGGACCUGACUUGUCUGAUUUCUGUAUAUAUUCCAUAACCAGCUGAGUCUAAAGAUAGGCCAGUCUCCAAUACUGUUGGGUGCCUGUGCUAUCUCAGCCCUGACUGGGGGGCAGAGUAGCAGUAAAAAGCCCUGACUGGGGAGGGCUGGGGGGGGGGAGCAUAGUAACAGUAGAGUCUGUGGCAUGCUGGUAAGAGGCCUCAGCUGUGGAUCACCACCCGGAAGGCACUCAGGCACACUGAGUCUUAGCCAAGGUCACGUGGAGUCAGAGUUGGUUUGGACAUAUCGCUUGGGACCUCUACUUGGCUAAGGAGUGUCCCGUGCCGCAGGCUCAGACUUGAACUGAAUUUGUGGACUCUACAGUGCUUGUCCUAGUAGCCCAGAAUCGCCCGAGAAAAAGUCUCAACUGAGUAAUUGUCUUUAUUAGGUUGGUCUGUGGGCAUGUCUGUGGGGGAGUGUCUUCAUUGUUAUUUGACACAGGAGGGCCUCUUAGUCCAUUGUGGGUUGUGCCAUCCUCUGGUCAAGUGGUUGUGGGCUGUAGAAGAAGGCCAGGUAAGCGUAGCCUGUGCAGAGUAAGCAAGCAUCCUCCUCCAUGAUUCCCGAUUGAGUUCCUGGCCUGACUUCCCUCUGUGCUGGACUGUGUCCGUCCUGGAAGUAUAAGUUGAAAUAAACCAUUUCUUUCCCUCA